UUUGACUUUUUCUUUCGAAGUUUCAUUUGCGUGUUGUGUUACUUUUGGUAACCUGAGCGUUCAGUUAAAAUUACUUUUAACAUCAGAAUUUGUGACCUUUAAUUAGUUUAAAGGCCAGAUUUGUCAUAUUUGAUUUAUGGUACUUUUCAUCAUUAUUUUAAUAUUCCGUCCUAGCCUUUUUGUAAAACAACAGUCGGAAUCAUUUUUCAUUUUGGAUGCUCAAGGUUUGAACAUCAGCUGCAACACAAGAUGCUGGGUGUCAAUGAACUCCUUGGGAUUGUUCUGGUAAACUAAGCAAAGCACCCUUCAUUCUUUUGGAAAGCAUGAACUGUCUGAGGUUGCACACACCCUUAUACCAGCCGUUAUUGUUACCUGUGGAAUACGGAAAGGUCAAUAAAGUGCAUGAUACCAACCCCUCUUAUUUAGCAAUGCCAACGGUUUCCCAGAAUAAGUUCAUUUUGCACCAUUGUCCCUACGAGCUUUAGCAUUACAACUUCGGACUGCGUUUCUAAAUUAUUGUUUUGAAGAAUCAGACUAUUAAUUGCUCGUUUGAAUAAAUCGAGCAAAAAAGGGCACGAAGUACUAGUUCUUGGAAGUGCUUGCAAUUCUUCAAAGGUGGGCUUAAUUCUUAGAAGGCGUUACAGGUAUAUAGAGAGUUAUCCAUCCCACUGUUUUCACAGUAUACACGUCAACAGCCGAAGAUGAAGAAAAUCGGAACUGUAUUAGUUAUUGCCUUUUUGGUAAUCAAAACCACAGCAUUUCCAUUUUGGUUCAAUCGGUUUGGUGAUGAUUUUAACGAUAUCUUUGUGAGAAGCCUCGAUGAUGUUUUAACACACGAUGAAGAUUCGAUUCUCGACAUUCUCAAUCCUGCCGAACCGUUCCAAGCACCAAUGAAAAUAUUUUGGUCACCACUGGGCACUGGCUUGACUAAAAAUCACCCCAAAUUCCAGGAGCUUGACGAUUUCGAUGUUUUGAAGGAGGACAUUUCUUUUCCAACAGCCACUCCGUGCAGCAAGGGGUUAUCUCCAACAGUCCAAGAAGACCUGCCUCUUCCGUAUAUCCCGAACUACAGUGUCGUAGCUGCUCCGUUCAACACACCAGGACAUCAAAUUUUGGGCCUGUUACCGAAAAACGAACCACUCACGGCGAAUUUGCUCUGGGUAGACGACGUCAAAGUACCUGAAGCUUCCCAAUUAGUCCUAGCCUUGCCAAAGGGCCAAGUUUUGCCAGAAAAAUUUGAGCUUAUCGUUAUCAGGUUUAAAACCGAACCUCUACCCUACAACGCUCGGAUUGUGGGCUACAAUUUUCCACGGUUACGCUAUCCAGGGGGUUUCUUCAACCCAACCAAUUCCCAUCUUAUAGCAGUUCCGUACAAUCGGAAAUCUGAAUUUUCUGCUGCUUCGUACGUGUGCUUGGGCCUCCUUCAUAAUUCGCAUCCGUUAUCUUACACUCUCGCUACGCAACAAGUGCAGCCGCUCGUUCCGCCUGCCAUUCCUUCCAAGACAAAUCAGCCGUCAUUUCAAAGCACAGUUGUUCAACAGCAGAUGCCUAUGUUGUCAAUCCCUCCACUGAAAUUCCUACGACCCGCAGCUGUUGACUUUGUAACUCCGUCGUCGCCGCUGCCUCUUACUCGCACUGCCGAAAACAUUCUACUUCGCUCGCUGGAACAGUUCAUUAAAAGACAUCCGAAGACGCCACUGUUCCAACUGCCAGACAAUUUUGAACUUUCAGCUGUUCGGCCUGAAAUUUUCGUCGAUUCACGUGAAAGAAACCGUCCAAUCGGCAUAGUUCCAAAAUCUGUGCCGCUUCAAUCCAAUCUUUUACCUCUGAUGGGUCCUCCAAAUCACGACGAUAUGACGAACAUCUGGACUGAAUUUCAGGUGGUAGUUGCAAUGGACAUGAGCUCGUCGCUUCCUCCUUUCUUCCAGCCUUUUAUCUUAGUUAAAACUAUUCAAAGUGACCUGUCGGAAAACGGAGUAAAGUUGCCAGUCUUUGUCAACAUCAACGACGAAGACAACGGGAAGUCUUCCUAUCAAAUUGUUCUGGUUCGAAACCCAUACGAACCGAUUCCUGUUCAUCCUUACUUUAUUAUGUGCAUGGUUCCCAAGAUCCAGAAGGAGCUAACAUCUCCAAUGACCACCAUAAAAACUCCUAUAUCGAACGCGGAUGUUCUCGACAACCCGGCCAUCCAUCCGAGAAUGAUUGCCACCACUACGUCUAAACCGUAUGAGACAACUAAAACAUCGAUUCCCGCCGUCAAGAAGACUGAGCCAGCCCAUGAAAACGGACGUGACGAUAUUACUGCCAACGCCAGCCAAUCGAACCAGGUCGAGGGCAAGCCUCUGCCGUCGAAAAAAUCAUGGAAAUAUCGUUUUUCUUUCAUGGAACCUUCAGUCAAAGUGAUUAAGAGGGAAGAAGCUACAACUCAACGUUCCAUCUUGUCAUAUUUUGGGUACUGACCUCGUCGCGCUACUCUUUUUACUAGUUGUAACGCCUUUUAUUGCCAUUUUUGAAAGACGGAUAGUAAUAGUCUACUUUGUAUCCAUAACGCGGGCGUAAUAAUUCUUUCCUGUUAACGUUUGUAGAAGACUUGCAAUAACUGAACACGUAUUUUUUUCAUUAAGAGAUGACAAUAAAAUGUUUCAGUCGUGAGAAUACUAAG